GGUGAAAGUGAGGGGAGUGGGAAAUGGGCAGGGAACAGCAGCAGCAGUUUGUGGCAGUUUGUGGUGUUUGUCCGCGGUGUCGCUGAACCAGUGAAUAAGCUAACGCAACGAUAUUCUUGUCCUCUCAUAAGGAACUCGAAGGAGGUCAACAAAGGCCGUUCUAGUUCUCGGUGUGAUCAUUUCUCUCUACUAUUUCCGAGGAUAUUCGGAACUGACGACCGUUUUCAUGUCUCGCUGCGAGUACGGCCACCUACCGAAACUGCCUAUGAAGAUCGUCGAACGUUAGAAAAUGCUGGGAGACGAUCCGCCGUAUCUGUCGGUUGGUACGGAGGUAAGUGCUAAGUACAAGGGUGCGUUUUGCGAGGCUAAAAUCAGGAAGGUCGUGCGGUCCGUCAAAUGCCGCGUGACGUAUAAGCAGGGCCUGGGAACAGCAACAGUCACCGAUGAUCAGAUAAAGGGAACGCUCAGGGUAGGGGCGUUGGUCGAAGCUAAGCACAAUGACAGAAAGGAAUUCGUCGACGCAACGGUCACCAAAAUACAAGACUGCAGUCAGUACACUGUCGUAUUUGACGACGGAGACAUAACCACCCUUAGACGAACUGCUUUGUGCCUGAAAAGUGGCAGACACUUUGCAGAGAGCGAAACUUUGGAUCAGCUACCUCUCACUCAUCCCGAACACUUUGGUAAUCCUGUUAUCGGCGGUAGGAGGGGGCGGAGAUCCAGGCAAGCUCAGGAUGAGAGCAGCGACGAUGAGGAAAGCCCACCGCGAGGUGUCAGAGAAUCGGGUUCCGGAGGUGUGGGCAAAGAACAGGUCGAAACGGAACCAGAGAUCGGUAGAGUUGUAUGUGUAGAGCUCGGAGACAAGAAGAAAAAGGACAACUGGUUCCCGGGGCUGGUAGUCGCUCCGACUGCCCAGGAUACAGUUAGGAUACGUGUCCGGGACGAUUAUCUAGUUCGGUCGUUCAAGGAUGCCAGAUACUACACCGUUCCAAAGAAGGAAGCAACAGAGUUCACCAAAGAAUUGGUUAACAAGGUCGAGAAUAAUGCGCUCAAAAUUGCCGUUGAAAAGGCAUUAUUAUUUCUCGACAAAAAUGAACUUCCACCUCACUGGGACAGGGAUUCUCUAUUCGGCAAUGCAGACUCUAGCGGGAACAGCGAUAGCGACGCAGAACUGGAUUCCGACAGUUCGGAUGAUGAGCCAAGGGAGGAAAAGGAUCACUUUGUCGCACAGCUUUACAAGUUUAUGGAUGAUCGAGGAACUCCGAUAAAUAAUUGUCCUAUGAUAGGGACACAGGACAUAGAUUUGUACAGAUUAUUUAGAGCCGUUUACAAACUGGGUGGUUACAAUCGCGUCACAAAUCAGAAUCAAUGGAAGUCCAUUACUCGUCGACUUGGUUUUCCCAUUCAGAGUACGUCGUCAACUCAGAACGCCGUGAAACAGCAGUACAAAAAGUUCCUUCAUUCUUUUGAAGAUUUUUAUAGGAAGCUCGGUUGCACAAUGGUAAAUCACCCGAGGGGCAGCACCAGGAAGCAGAGACCUGGUAGGAGUCUGAUUAGAGACAGAGACAGGAACACGCCUGUCCCGCCACAGAUGCCUUCGACUAAGGUUGAGAAGGAGGAGGAAGAAAAGGAGAAGGACAAGGACAGAGAAAAGGAGAAGGAGAGAGAAAAGGACAAGGAAAAAGAAAAAGAAAAAGAGAAGGAAAAGGAAAAGGAAAGGGAGAAGGAGAAAGAAAAAGAGAAGGAAAAAGAGAAGGAAAAGGAGAAAGAGAAGGAAAAGGAGAAGGAGAAGGAGAAGGAGAAGGAGAAGGAGAAGGAGAAGGAGAAGGAGAAGGAGAAGAGAAUCGAGGAGGAGGAAAAGAAGGAGAAAAAGGAGGUGAAGAAGGAGGUGAAGAAGGAGCCGAUAAAGGAGGAGGAGAUCGUGAAGAUUAAGAAGAAGGAGGAAUUCGAAGAGAGCGGGAGCGGACAAGACAGCGACGUGAACAUUGACGGCGAGGAAGAAUCGUCGUCUAGCGAAAAGUCGCAGAAAAUCGUUGCCACAUUGGCGACAAAGGCAAAGCCACCGGCAAAGGUGAAAGAGGAAAAGAAGAAAGCCGGGGAUAAGAAGAAGGGGGAUCUGAAAAAGUCAGAGAAGAAGGUGGAAGACAAGGUGAAAGAGGAAGAACAGCCGACCGUGACCAGAUCAAAGUCCAAGGAUGACACGACCAAGGGUAAACCGUCGACUGCUGAACCCAGAGACGUUCGAACACCGUCCGCGGAGACCGAGAAGAAGAUCCCCCCAAAGCAGCGCCGACCUACCGAAGAAGAAUUGAAAAAACGUGGCAGAAAACGCAAGGAAAGUGAGCCGGAAAAGCCGAGGCCAAUGGAGGAAAUGCCUACUGAUCCCGCACCAUCGUACAAAGGGGUGGUUGAUCUCGGAGAUCGUCUGAAGGUUUACUACGGGCCUAACCAUGAGUCUAAAGUAACUUACGAGGCCAAAGUAAUCGACAUAGAGAAGGAGGGUGCGGAGCCAGUUUACCUGGUCCAUUACACCGGUUGGAAUACGCGAUACGACGAGUGGAUAAAGGGCUCUAGGAUCGCGCAAAACUUUACACAGACUCAGGGUCGGGUAAAGCGUGGGAAGACCACUCCUAGGCCACAGACUCCAAGUACCGCAGGCUCCUCCGCAUCCAGCAAACUAGCCAAGUCAUCGGCGCAGAACAGGAGAAGGGCACACAGUGUCGCACCGACGUCUGGAACCGCUGCAAUAACCACUACAUCGAUCAUGAAAGAGGUCGGGAAACGGGACGAGAAGGAGAAGGACGGCCAACCGCCUCGGUCUACAACACCAUCUUCGGUUGCAAGUUCAAGCUCCAGGACAAAGAGCCCUGCGACCCCAGCCAUAGGCAGGCAAACCAGAGUUACCAGGAACAACGACUCCUCGGGACUCGAACCUCGGAGACGUACUAGACGCAUGUCUGGUCACACGGACAUAUCAGUGGCAUCGGAGAGCGACAGUGAUGCCUACGAGUCGGAUACGAUGGAACCGGAACAAACGAGGACGAGAUCCAGGGGAAUGGAGGAGAGAAAGAGGAACGCGAGGCGACGAGGGGAUGACGAGGUGAAAACCGAGGACUGCAGCGAAGCUGAGGAGGAGAAGGACGCGCCUGAGGAGCUCAGAAGGGGGCGCAGACUCAGGAAAACGCCAGGAAAGAAUCAGUCGGUGAAGUCUGAGCCUGAGAGUGACGAGGAUCAACCCAAGGGUCGGGACUUUGAUCUGAAUCAAAUCAGGUCGGAGCUGAAGGGUUUUGAAAAGGCUGUCAAACUCGAAAUGAUCAGGGUUGAGAGGGAACCAGAGGAGGCGAACCUUGAAGAGAAGGAAAACGAGGACAAGCCUCUUGCCCCAAUGCCUGCAUCACCAAAGACGGAGAAGAAACAGUUAGAGGCACCCAAACUUGAAGCCGUUGUUGAAACAAAGACCCCCGAAAGUACGGAGGAUAUUUACGAGUUCAAAGAACCUGAACCCUUCGAAUUUGAGGUGAGAAACAAACGGGACUCAGGUGGUGAGAAGGACAAGGUUAAGAAACGCGUUUUCGACGAGGAGCCGAAGAGCCCGAAGAAAAAACAGAAGGUACUUCCUCCAGUGCCCAAGGAAAUCAAAGCUGAGGUUGAUGGCGAUCCAAAAAAGAGAGUCCGAAGAUCUUUGAUCAAGAGGGUAGAAGACGCGGAUGUUCUUCCUCCAUCCGGGAAGGCCAGAUCUCAGCUCGCCUGCGAAGAGGCAUUCGACAAGCUUUGCGAAUCCCCUUCGUUCAGCCCCUUGAAGCCUGUCCCAGUAGCGGAGGAGGCUGGAAAAGUGGCUACGACGCUCGACCUCCUCUUCAGCGACCUGCCCGGUGACGAGGACGGACCAGCCGACGACCCGGAGGACAGGCUAAUCAUAUCGGAGGCUGAGGUGUCCGAGGCCGAGCAAGAGAACCUCUUCACUUAUCAGCAGGAGAUUUUUCCGUCCAAUGACAUUCCCGAUACCAUGGAGUUCAGCAAGGAGGAGGUCAAGGACCAAGAAAAGGCGUCCAAGGAGGUACCGCUACCCGGUGGCAGUAAAUCGGCGCCGACAACAAACGCGGAGAUCAAACAACCCGCUAUUAAAAUUUCACCGGCAGCUAUCGUGACUACCGUCGCCACUGUUCCUGUCGAACUGAAAACGCUUGACGUAAAACCCCCUGAAAUUUCUCCCGCGCUGUCCCCUGCCCUCGUAGUACCAGCUCCGAUCAGCACCAGGCUCCCGGCGACGUCGACGAUAGAGGAAAAACUAUCAGCAGCAGCAAUGGCGUUCAAAAAUAAGACCAAGGAUGCGAGACGGGAGGAGGAGGAGCAGAGGAAGGCAGCGAAGGAGUCGUCGAAGAAGUCGGAGACGUCUGUUAUCGUAAGAAAAGGGAAGGAUGAUCAGGGAUCGGCGAAAAUCUCGGAAAUCGAUAACAGUAUUGGCAAGCGAAGCGAAGAUGGGAAAGAAGAGAAGAGUGGAGAGGAGGCUAUGAGGGUCGCGAUCAAGCAAAAACAAGAAGAACUUCAGCAGUUGAAGAUGAAGAAGGAGGCUGAACUUAAACGGGCGGUGGAAGCCAAAGCCGCCGCUGCUUCGGCCGAACAGAAGAAACUCGCUCAAGAUAAGCUAGAGGAGGAACAGAAGAGGAAAGAGGACGAGGCUUCAACGUCGUCUAGGAAAGAGGAAGAGCGCAGAGACCGCGAUCAGAAGGACAAGGAGAAGGACAAGCGGAAACGUGUCAUAAGCCAGGAAUUCAUCGACUCGACAGACAGCAGCGACUCGGAGCAACGUCUGGUCAUAGACAACGAAGAACCGCCAGAGGAGAAAAACGCCACCUCGAAUUUCGACAUCAAGCUUCGAGCUGAGCUUGAGAAACUCCAAGACAUUCAAGAGGGAAGGAACGCCCAGAUCCAGCCGCCCAUCGAGGACCCCGCUGUCCUGGAGUGUAAACCUCUCAUUGUUAUACCGCUACCCAAAACCGACGAAGAGGCUGAAAACAUCAGCUCUCUUCUCUGCGAAGAGGAGAUUCCAGGCUCCCCGGCUCCCGUCAUCGACAACAUCGAUCAGGCCAACUCUUCUGCACCCAAUCAACUUCCCUCCCAGGUCAAAGUCUCCGAAAGCAACAUAGUGUUGUUGGAAAUGCCGUUCGCCAGCGCUCCUACUUCUGGCCAGACAUCUGCCGGCGUUGGCACUGUUUCUACGAUCAGCGUCGCUGUGUCCAAGAGUUCCGACAUCUCAGUACCCGUCUCGCUGCCAGUCCAGCAGGUCCUUGUUAUUGGACCUAGAGCUCAACCUCUUCCGCAACCUCUUCCUCAGCCACAAGCGCCUGCGGCUCCUGUGGCAGUCCAACGGCGGGAGAGCAACGAGGCUGCUCCAGUAAUGGACAACACGCCACCAACGACCCCAGAUUCGACUAUUUCAAACAUAUCGGGUUCGCCGAGAGGUGAGGGCACUGGAGGAUCGUCACCACUGUCGGAGGACAACACCAAGUCGAACAGGGAUAGCUCAGAGGCUGACAACGACGCAGCUGGCAAAUGUAUCGGCGGAGGCUUCAGCGAGGACGAUACCUGCAUGAAUAACGCUUCCGAAGGUGGCGGUGGCCAGGAAAGAGAGGCCAAGACAGCAGCUAAGAGGGCUGCCGAAGAGGCCCAAUCACCCAAGAAGCGAAAACGUAGCAGAAAACAUUCCGAAUGCGGCAGCAACAUUGGAAAAAAAUCGUCAGGUACUAGACACUCGUCAAGGCAUUCCAUGCGGCAUUCGGGCGCAGGAAGCGAUAGCGACGACACCAGCGAAAGCUCCAAUAUGAUAUGUGCUGGUAAUUCAAACGUCACCAAUCAUCCCAAUAUCGCAACAACUGUUACGGAUCUCGUUACCUACUCAACUAGGUCACCCAGACCUUUGAAGUAUAACUUUUACGUCGAGCUAGAUCCCGAGCUGGAUGGCAGCCAACGUAUCGCCGUGCUGCAACAAAAGCUUGCAGAACUACGAAAGACUUAUAACGCGGUAAAGGUAGAACUUGCCGGUAUAGAGAGAAGGAGAAAAAAGUUGAGACGGAGAGAACGUGAAGAUUCACCCUCGGAAUGAGAGUGUUGGAAUUAUUGAGCGAGUGGGUUACAUACGGUGGGGGAGAUUCGAUAAAUCAGAUUUUUCAUUUUUAACCAAAACCAUCGCUGUGAUAAAAGCCAUAAGUCAAAUCAUUCAAUGAUUUCUUGCAUUGUUUAUGAUUCAGGUUGCGCACCACAAAUGAGAACUGUAAUUCUUUGUGUGUAAUUUUAAGGCAAUGUCAAUAAAGCCACGUUUCUGCAUGACAAAAAAAAGUCCAGAGAUGAAACUUGGACUUUCUAUUUUUUCGCCCCCAACCAUUCGUAUAAUCGUAGAACUCCAUUUCCUCCAUUGUGAAGCAAGAAUGAAAUAUCAGAUCGGGUUUUAGAUACAUAUUACUAGAACUUUGCACAAGGAUAGGGAUGGCCACGUAAAAUAAAAACAUACAUUUGGUAUAAUGAUUCAAUUUCGAAACCUCUAAUUGAUGAUUAUUUCAGCAUUGAAGGCAGCCAAAGCAGAGAUGCAACAAGCUUGCUCGUGAU